CCUCCAUCGCUGAUUCGCUUGUCUAUCAGCUGGUCUAUAAUCGCUGAUUCGCUGGUCUAUAAAAUUAGCGAGCGAAACCCUCUACCAUUUGCUGCCGCUAUCAGUUUUUUCUUCCUUUCUCUCCACUCCACUCCACCAUCACAACCUCCGAGAUCUAACAUCGACCGUCCGAUGCGCGCGAUCUCCACGAUCUGAUCGCCAUAUCUAGAACUCCAGAAACCCUAAGCUGCGAAGAUGGGAGAUUACAACGAUGCCUUCAUGCGCAACAAUAAUGCCGCCGUCCAGGCCCGCACGAAAGCGCAGAAUCGUGUCAAUGUCAUGCAAUUGAAGCUGAUUGGGCAAAGUCAUCCCACUGGUUUAACAGCCAACCUUUUAAAGCUUUUUGAGCCCCGGCCGCCCCUGGAGUAUAAACCACCUCCGGAGAAGAGAAAAUGCCUGCCAUAUACAGGAAUGGCACAAUUUGUGAAUAACUUUGCUGAGAAAGGUGAUCCUGAAUAUCAGCCACCAGUCCAAGAGGCUGAAACUCCUGCACAAAGAAGGGCUAGGAUCCAUAAGUUACGGCUGGAAGAGGGUGCAAAAAAGGCUGCAGAGGAACUUGAGAAAUAUGAUCCGAAUAACGACACAAAUAUUUCUGGAGAUCCAUAUAAGACACUCUUUGUUGCUAGGCUGAAUUACGAGACAACAGAGAGCAAAAUCAAAAGGGAGUUCGAGGCUUACGGGCCUAUCAAGCGGAUUCGUCUGGUUACGGAUAAAGAGUCAAAUAAACCUAGAGGCUAUGCUUUCAUUGAGUACAUGCAUACACGGGAUAUGAAAGCUGCAUAUAAACAAGCUGAUGGGAAAAAGCUCGAUAACAGAAGGGUGCUUGUGGAUGUGGAACGUGGUAGAACUGUUCCAAACUGGCGUCCUCGUAGACUUGGUGGUGGACUUGGAACAACUAGGGUUGGAGGGGAAGAUGUUAAUCAAAAGUAUUCUGGGAGAGACGUACAGCAAUCUGGAGGACCAUCAAGGUCAGAGGAGCCAAGAAUACGCGACGAUCGGCAUGGGGACAGGGAUAGAGAAAAAUCCCGUGAAAGGGGAAGGGAUAGAGAGGGAGAGCGGGAAAAGUCUCAUGAGCGCUCUCAUGACAGAUCAAGGGAUCAUGAUCAUAGGGAGGAUAGGCACCACAGAGACCGCGACAGGAACAGAGACAGAGAUAGGGAGAGAGACAGGGGCCGUGAUCGUGAUCGCGGACGUGACAGAGAUCGUGGCCGGGACCGUGGUAGGGAAUAUGAGCGUGAUCGGGACCGUCCUCGAGAGAGGGAGAGGGAUAGGGAAAGAGAUUAUGAACUUGGGGACCCUGACAUUCGAGGACGUUCCCGUGGUAGAGAGUACGACUAUGACCUUGUGGAAUCAAAACAUGAGCGAGAUCGGCAUGGUGAGAGGGAGAGGAACCAUGAUCAUGUUGAGCCGGAGGAUGAUCCUGAAUGGUAUGAACAGCGUGAUCACGGGCAUAGGCAUUCAGAAACUGAGCAUGACCAUGGACACUACGAGUAUCUUGAACACCAUCAUAGUCGGGGGGAAUUGGAUAAUUUGGAUGUCCAGGGUGAUCAAGACCACUAUGGUCAUCCUGAUCGUGAUCGUGAUCGUGAUCGAUAUGAUCAAAUGGAGGAGGGCAACUACAAUUAUGAUCGAGCAACCUCUGAACAGCAUGAAAGGGAGAGAACUCGAGAUUCGGACCGUGAAUAUAGGCGUUCAGAGAGGUCACUUUCUCGUGAAUAUGAAUACUAGGCUAUUUUGAUGUCUCAACACCUAUUGCUUCACUGGGGUGUGGUUUGAUCAAGCUCGGGAAAGUGAGCUGAAGAUCCUACAUUAGGCUUGGUCAUUUGAUUCAUUUGUUCGUGCCUUUUCUUUAGUCUUUCUUGUCCUCUAAAACCUUCAUUAUGUGGUUAGGAUACUAUGACAGUCUAUGUAAGAAUUUUUGGUCGUGUUAAGUGUCUGCUGAUGGUUGAAAUGAUGGAAAUAAAUAUUUGUGCUGCUAUUUGUAUUCUCGCUGUUCUAUGUAAGAACUUUUGCCUGUGUUUUAGUGUCUGUUACUGCUGAUGGUUGAAAUGAAGCAAAUAAAUAUAUGUGCUGCUAGUUGAAUUCUCGCUGCC